CGAGGUGGAGUUACAGAUGUCACUUUGGCAUACCAUUGCAGCAUCAUUGCAAGAAGAUAUCUAGUAUAAAGUAUGACUUGCAUAGACAAAUAUUCAUUUAACGACAACGAUGUAGAAAACGUAAGAGUUUUCAUUAGAGUUCGACCACUCAGAGAUGAAGAAAAAACUGUGAAGAACAAAAACCUUUUAGAAGUGAAUCACACCGUGAUAUCCCUGAAGAAAAGUGACACCACCAAAACGUUCAAGUUUGCACGCAUAUUUGACGAAAACAGUACCCAAAUGGAUAUAUAUCGAUGCAUAGCAGUACCGAUAGUUCAGCAAGUGCUCCAAGGCUACAACGGUACCAUCUUUGCGUACGGCCAAUCAGGCACUGGAAAAACAUACACCAUGAUUGGAGACAUAUUCAACACUGACCUGAGAGGUAUCGUUCCUAACAUUUUCACUCAUAUAUUCGCACAAAUCAGCCUGGCUAACAACGAUCUAUCAUACGCCGUAACAGCUACCUAUCUCGAAAUUUACAAUGAAGAGAUCAGAGACCUCCUAUCAGAAACGCCUCAGAAGAAACUAGCGUUGAGAGAGAAGCCUGAACUCGGGGUGUUCGUUAACGAUCUGAUAGGCUUCACCGUAAACUCUCUUGGCGAGAUGAUGGAGAUCCUCGCUAGAGGCAACAAGAACCGUGCUACAGGGUCUACAAAGCUCAACGAGAGCAGUUCCAGAUCACAUGCUAUAUUCGCGAUUCUGGUCGAAACCAAGAACAAUGUGACUGGCAAAACCACUUUCGGGAAGCUCAACCUAGUUGACCUAGCAGGAUCCGAACGAGUCCACAAGACAAUGGCUACAGGUGACAGGUUGAAAGAAGCAGGUAAAAUAAAUCUAUCGCUAUCUGUACUAGCGAAUGUUAUCUCAGCCCUCGUAGAUGGAAAGUCGACGCAUAUUCCCUACAGGAACUCCAAGUUAACUAGGUUGUUACAGGACUCGCUAGGAGGGAAUUCACUCACAGCAAUGAUAGCUAUGAUAAGUCCCAACUUCCUGGAUUCCCAAGAGAGUUUAUACACUCUCAUGUACGCGGAUAGAGUGAAACAUAUCCAGAAUCGCGUAACAGUCAAUCUGGAUAAAGGUAGUCUCAUCCAGACUCUAGAAUCAAAAAUCAUUGAGUUGAGGAAUCAAUUACAAACGCUCACAUUGGAAGAAGAGAAGGAACUAAAAAAACUCCGCAAGAAGAGUAAAACUUCCUUGAACAAAGAAGAGUUAGAUAAGAUUGAAAUGGAGAAAAAUGUGUUGCAGAAUAAAAUAGACAUGGUACAGAAGAAGAUUUUGGUAGGUGGACAAAACCUCGCAGAAAAAGCUCAACAACAAAUAGAGCUGAUAGAAAACACAGCCAUCGAGCUCAAACACCUGGAUAGCUCACACCAACUCCUAGAAGAAAUAUUGUACUACAAGGAGAAAGAGAAGAAAUUGGUAGGACAAAGCUAUGCGACCUUACAAGAGGAGGAUAAAGAACUAGAUAGGGGUAUCGAAGAAACUGAGAAAUUAUUGGCCAAAGCUACUCAGAUUUUGGUUACCAAGGAAAUGGAGUAUCAGAAUGAGGUUAGCUCACUGUUGCACACGAAUAAGUCUCUAGCCAAAGAAAUGGGUCUGGUUCAGUUUAUCAUGAAUCAAAGCACGCCGAAAGAGUAUUUGGAUGAAAUCAAAUCGAAGAUAACGUGGGACGAGAAUAUGCAAGAAUGGCAGAUGAAAGGAAUAGCCUACUGCGGGAAUAAUUUGAGGCGGAGUAGAUCUAGAUCUGUUACGCAAAGCACAAGUUCUAAAUCAGUUUACUUUCGGUAUCCGUCGAAGACUAGGAAAUAAUGAUUAUUUUACUCUGAGAGCAUGUCGUUUUUUUUAGAGUCCUCAGAAGAUGUCUCGUUUUUUAAUGCUUUCUCAUCCCAAUACUGAAUAUUGAAUAGGCCGAUUCGUGAAAAUGGCUCUAGAAUGAAAAAAAAAAAAGGCAAUUUUUGAACUACAUUCUGUAUGCAUAUUUCAACUGAGAGGAUUUUCUAAUCCGUCAAUUAGAAGAGAAUGUUCAUUCAAUCGCCAAAAACAUUCUUAUUAACUAAUGGAGUAACAGCUGUUAAAGUAUCACGAAUUGCAAAACUAUGUAUGUUUUUUGGAUUCCCCUGUAUUCCAACGAUAUUUUUAUUCCCACACAUGACCUACUGAUUUUCCACAAGGGUUGUGUCUUUAUUUUCGAGAAUAGGAGUGACUUUACCAGUUUUUAACUUGUAUGGAAAAUCACCUCUCACAAAUGACGUAUUUUUAUCAAAGGAAG